AUAUUUUCAGAGAUGCCUUGUCAUACAACACAUUCAUACCUCCUGGCGCUAACCGUGAAUAGUGUUCCAGUUCCUGAAUGAGUGAUAGCUCAAAAAGUCUGUGUUUUCGUUAAUUUCGCUGCCUUCUAUUUAUUUUCUUAAGGCGUUUGGAUACCAGACCAGGAAUUGAAUCCUGGGUUAGGAUUUACAAAGUACAAGAUUCUUUUCCGGUAGGGCGACCAGCAAAAAAAUAUCCAUUAUGUCAUUACCGACCACGCUGCUUUUGCCGAUUUCUUUCAGUACAAAAAAUUAUCAGUAAUAAUAGAAACAGUACAUCAAAAAUUGCAAAAUGAAUACCCUAGAAGCGGCAAAGAGCUCAAAUACCAACGAAAUGGCAGAGUUUGAUGGCACUGUCCCAAAUACAAUAUUUGACUGGACAGAAUUGAUUCCUACAUUGAUUAUCUACGGGUUCAGUUUUAUUCUUGGCCUAAUAGGAAACUGUCUUAUUAUAUUUACUACCUUCAGAUAUAGGAGAAUGCACAGCGUCACUAAUAUAUUCUUAUCCAGCCUGGCAUCGUCAGAUUUGCUUCUAAUUAUAUUCUGUAUUCCUGUAAAGGUGGCUAAACUUUUUUCGUAUACGUGGACGAUGGGACUGUUUUUAUGUAAGAGUGUUCAUUACAUGCAGAACUUAUCAACAAUUUGUUCUGUGCUGACUCUUACUGCUAUAAGUAUUGAAAGGUAUUACGCCAUUGUACAUCCAGUAAGAUCUAAGUAUAUAUGUACCUUGAGUCAGGCUAAAUCCAUUAUUAUAGUAAUAUGGAUAGUGUCAAUAUUUUUAGCUGUUCCGACUCUAUUUUUAUGGCACUUAAUGAGGGUAGGAAUGAAUGACGAAUUUGCCUGGUGCGUCCGAGAUUCGUCAAAAGAAACACUAUGGAAAUUUCACGAACUAUAUAUGCUCUGGAUUAUACUGGUGGGACCUUUCAGUGUUAUGUCUUAUUCUUACGUAUUUAUUUGUUGGGAAGUAUGGAAAGUUAUGGAACAUCGGCGAGUUAUGUGUAAUGAUAAUUCCCUCGAUCCAAACAAGUUUCAGCAUAGGAGAGGUUCCAUGGAAGGCAAGAAAAUUAGAUCUGAAGUAAAGAAUUACAGAGACGACACAACUAUGGUAAGGCAAGUGAUUUACAUGCUGGUGACGGUGGUAGCGCUUUUUGCAGUAUGCUGGACUCCAAUUUUAAUCGACAACAUUCUAACUGCUUAUAAAGUCCUUGGGCAGCAAAGAACGGGAUUUUUAAAGUAUAUGUUAAGCACUUUUCAUCUGUUGUCAUAUUUUAAUAGUUGUAUAAAUCCAGUAAUAUAUGGGUUUAUGUCAAAAACCUUCAGAGAAAGCUUUAAGGUAGCACUGUGCUGCUCCCCAGAUAAGGCAUCGUUCCAUCGGACUGGUAGCAACUACAGUAUGAGAUUUAUCUCAAGAAAUGGAUCCCAAACAAGAACUACAGCUGAUGUCAGGCGACAAGAGUCGUCAAUGUUUAUUACCUAAAUAGAUGUUACGUUUCCAUACAUAAUUUCUAUUUAUUUACAUAUUGUGAUCUGUAUUAUUAAUAGUACAAAUAUGUGUUAAACGUUG